GUUUCUCACGUAGCAAGUAGUACAGAAGCCGUGUUGAAGAAAAGUACAGAUUUCAGUGGACAGUUCUACAAUACCCAUGACUGUUUGUAUGCUGAAGAUAACUUCAUGAAUCGCAAUUGAACUGGCUGUAUGUAAAACAAAAGGACAUUAUGCUGACCUGUAAAGCAGUAGCCUUGUUCUUCUUUUUAAUCUGCAUGGUCGAGGCAUCGAACCACUGUCCAGGAACAUGCAACUGCACAACGGACGGGAAAGACGCCGAAUGUUUGGAUACAAAUUUAGAAUUCCUUCCGGAACCUCAAGGUUCAAACUUUACGACUUUGGACAUCAGCUUCAAAAAUAUUUCUCUGCUCCAUGAUUUCGGUGUCUCGGGAAGGCAGUUAAAAUAUCUUUAUAUUAACAAUAACCGUAUAAAUCGUGUUGAGAAAUCGGUAUUUUCGAAGUUCCCUGCAUUGUUGCAUAUUCAUCUAGAUUAUAACUUAAUUACUGGGGUUGACCCACGUACAUUUGAAGAAAAUCAUAAGCUAUGGAAGUUAACCCUAAAUGGAAACUCACUGACUCUUCCGAAAGAUACAGGAAUUCUGGAUGUGCCUUCACUUGGUUGGAUAGAAUUAGAAAACUGUAACAUCAGUUACCUGCAUGUGAAUUCAUUCAAAAAUAUGUCAAAGUUGGUAUUUAUAAGAUUAAGUAACAAUCAUAUUCAACAUUUGGAUAUUCAAUUGUUUUCUCAUUUGAAACAAUUGAGGUAUCUGCAUUUGGAAGGAAACAUGGUAAAAGAAAUACAUCCUGACCUUUUUAAAAGUAACCAUGAACUUGAAUGGCUUUAUCUGCGUCAUAACCCAUUGAAUCAAUUGAGUAAACAUCACUUCUUGCGUGCUCCAUCUUUAAUUUCACUUGACAUCAGUUUCUGCAAUAUCAGCCAAAUAAAAAACAGUUCUUUUUCUAAUCUUCGCAAUCUUAUAAAUCUGAGAUUAAAUAACAACAUUUUCAAGUCUUUCAACAUGACACAUAUUCCAAAAAACCUUGAAGUUUUGGAUAUUUCUGGAAAUUUUAUGAAAACGAUACAUAUGACAAAAAAUACGAUUAAACAUAUGAGGAAUAUAAAACACUUGGAUUUAACAAACAACGAAUUCACGUGCGACUGUCACUUGUUCGAUUUAUGGGAAUUGUGUGCUACUUUACGAAACGGAUCUGGAGGCAUGAGUUCAUGUGAUGAAUUCUGUCCUGCUUCCGAAUUUGAGAUCUGUAAGGGACAACAUCCUAAAAUCGAUCAAGUUCAGAACACAUCCGAAAAUUUUACUGCAAGAGAACCCAGGAAAAAUUACGAAUACAUUAAUACCACGAAGGAAGAAACUGACGUGGAUUACGAAACAAGUGACAAUGAACAGAACAGUGAGGUAGAGGUUUUUGGAGGCACACAUAAUGAUUCUGAAGAUGCUAAUGAUAAAACUGGGAAAUACAGAGUUAAUGAGGAAAGUGAUUCGUCAGGCCUGUGGACUAACAUUCUGUAUUCUUGCAUCGGCAUAUUUGGAGGGAUGUGUCUUAUCGGAGCAACAGUUCUGGUGGCAGAGCUGUUCUGUGGUCGCAGAAAGAGAAGCGGGAAAAUGUCUGCCAACAGUAGCCUGCAACACGUGAGGAUGAAACUGAUGGAAACAAGCGAAGAAGGACAAGAGAUGGUGCCAGUCACGCAACAGCGUGGUUUCGAUUUCGUUUAUGUGCCCAAAAAUGCAAACAGAACUGACGAGAAUGACCAGUCAUGACUUGGUUCAGUUAAACCAUGAGUGGACUUUGAGUGACUGGUAAAUUCAUGAUUUAGUUCUAGGUUGAAUACGUGUAUAAGCGUCAGGAAAAGGAUCAUAAGUAAAUCUGUAUUACAGAACUGUAAGGUUUAUUUUGGACUCUAUCCAUCGUCUUGUAUAUAUAAGACAAAAAAAACACAACUGGCUCUUUCU